AUGCCCAAGUAUGCCAACUUCUUGAAGGACCUUCUCACAAAUAGGAAGAACAUGGAGGAGGAAUCUAAGGUGGUCCUUAAUGAGAAUUGUUCAGUCACAAUGUUGAACAAAUUGCCACAGAAGAUGGGUGACCCGGGUAGUUUGACUUUGCCAUGCCCAUUCGGAAAUUUAGUUACUUGUUAUGCAUUGGUCGAUUCGGAGAUAAGUGUAAAUCUCAUGCCAUACUCAUUCUUUAAAAAGUUGAACCAUCCAGAGCCAAGACUGAUCCGAAUGGCAAUCCAUCUAGCGAAAAAGACGGUGACAUUUCCAAGAGGGAUAUGUGAGGACAUAUUGGUGAAAGUCGAUAAGUUUGUUUUUCCUGCAGAUUUCAUAGUAUUAGAUAUGGAAGAAGACCAUCAAGUGUCUAUAGUUAUUGGGAGACCAUUCUUGAGCACCGCUUGUGCCAUAGUAGCCAUAAGAGAAUGCAAACUUACCCUUCGACACUCUAAGUUUAGUGAUGACACGGCCUUCUCGAUAGACAGUUUGGAAAAAUUAUUGGAGGGAUGGAAAGAAGACAAGUCAAGUAAAUCCACCUUUGCUUCAGAAGAUGACUUUGAUGCUGAAAGAGACCUCAAUGAGAUAGAAAGGCAACUCGAAGAAAGAGAAUACGACGAACUAACUAGAAAUGUUGAAAACUCAACUCGACAAGUUUCAGAGAUAAACUCGGCGAGUUGGGAUGAAAAGUCGCGAUCUGACGGGAAAACUGGCCACAACUCCAUGAGUUCCAUUACUGGACUCAACGUGUUUAGUGUUCAAAAUAUGAAAUUGGAGCUAAACACUUUGCUGGAACACUUAGAGUAUGCAUUUUUAGAAGAGGGUGAUCAAAAACAUGUGAUUAUAGCUUCUGACCUUACACAAACCGAAAAAGAAGAGCUGGUGAAUGUUUUGAAGAAAAGGAAAAAUGCUAUCGCAUUAAAUAUUACCGAUAUUAAAGGAGUUAGCCCUUCUUUAUUGUUCUCAUAA